CCGACGCCGAGCGUCGGAUGGGCAUAAGCGUUCGUGGCGGCACGACGCUCAUGAAGAGCGUUUCUAUAUUCCUGACAAGCGGUCGUAAAGCGUCAACGAAUUCCAAGCGGCAGAUCGCCGCUGCUUCCGGCAAGGACGAGUUGUCGAAAACGAGACGUCGCAGAAAGAUGCCGGAGGGCGGAGGCGCCAGGAACUCCGCGUAUAUCGUCAAAGUGAUCGAAUCCCUUAAAAAAAAGACAAGAUUCUCCAGGGUGGAACUGGAUAAUCUCUGCAAACUUUACAAAAAGUUAACCACCAAUUCCAGCCAACAACAAGUUGAACGAUCGAUAUCUGUCGGCAGAAGACCACAAUCGAGGCCGGCUGUCGAGGGAAUCGACAGGACUAUUUUUCGUGAACUCCUUCACAACACGUUUCACGUGAUCACGGAGGACGCCCUGGUGGAGCGUUUGUUUAGUUGUUGGGAUCGAGAGAUCGAGGGUGCUAUCAGACUCGAGCCGUGGAUCAUGGGACUCGACGUGUUCCUGCGGGGUAGCCUGCACGACAAGAUCGUUUUCUGCUUUCACGUGUACGAUCUAAACAACGAUGGAUAUAUUACAAAGGACGAAAUCUUUCAGUUACUCAAAAAUUGCCUGAUAAAGCAGCCCGGUGAGGAAGAUCCGGACGAAGGAGUGAAAGAUUUGUCGGAGCUGGCGCUGAAGAAACUCGAUGUCGAUCACGAUGGGAAAAUAUCCUUUCGGGAUUACGAGACGGCGAUCAAGGAGGAACCGCUAUUACUAGAAGCUUUCGGACAAUGUUUGCCCACUGAAGAAACCUGCGUGGGCUUCUUGGCGACUCUUCAACCUUAAAAAUAUGAAAAAAAUCAUCUAAAACAGAUGUGUUGCAUAAUAAACUUUUUUUUUCAAUAAGAGACAUUUUUAACAAUCAAUUACAAUUAGAUACAAUAUGAAGUUUAUACCCAUGUCGUUUCUUCCUCCAAAAAAACUUCUUACUGUUACACAAUAUCAUUUAUCAAUAAGUGCAGCAGUUGCGAUACGCAGAAAUCAGGUCAGCCCGAUUGCAUACUUGUACGUGUAA